AUGUAUAAUAUUGAAGCUCUUUAUCAUGUAUAAAAUAAUUUCAUAUAUUUAAAAUAUACUUAAUAAAAAAAGUUUAAUUAAGAGCCAGAUUAUAAUGAUGUAGAAAAUAAUAAAAAUAGUUAUUUUGAAUUAAUAACAGAAACUGGAUUUUAUAUAUAUUUUCUUAUAUGUUAUUAUUUAGAAAUGCCAUAAAUAUUUUAAAGAUUCUAAAGUAAAUAUAAUAUAUUUUUGAUAUAAAUAUAUUUAUUAAUAUAAAAGACAAUUCAUUAUUUUAAUUUAUAUUUUAUUACUAAAAUUAUUUAAUUUUUACAUGAAAUAAUAAAAAAAACACUUCUAUAUAUCAAAAUAAUAAUCAAGAAAAUAAACAAAACUGAAAAAUAAUAUAUAUAGAAUUCCAUAAAAUAAGAUAUAGUAACAUAAUAUUUUAAAGAAAGCUUAAUUUUUUUUAAGAAAAAUUCUGCUUUAAUAGAAGUCGUGAUAAAUAAUUAAAUUGUUAAAGUUCGCUUUAUAAAACUUCCAUAUUGUCAUUAUUUACCAAAAGAGUAAAAAACCAAAUUUUAAAAUACAAUCAAAAGAGAAUCCACAAUAACAAAAUUAUAAGGACUUUUAGACUUUUAUAAAAAGACUAUUUUAACAUGUAAAUAUGAGGAAUAACUAUAUUUGUUUUUUUCAAGGAAUUCCUUUAUUAAACUUUUUGCGGAUUACGUUGAUUUAUGGAGGGAUUUAUAGUUUUUACUUUCUAUUAUUUUAAAUUUACUAAUUAUUAAUAGUUAUUCAGAAAUUAAUAGUUAGUAUUAAGGUUUAGAUAUAUUAGACAAAUAUUAAAACAGAUUAUAUAAACCUUAAAUAAAUAAUUAUUCAGUAGAAAAAACUAUGAGUGUGUUCUUAUUUUGUGGUUAUAUUAUGAUUUUAUGCUCUAUUUUUGUUUUGACCUCCUUUUUGAUUAAAAAAGGGCCUCUUUAUAUAAGAGAAUCUAAAUAAUCUAGUGAAGAAUUUUAUAAUAAAAAUGAGGGAUAAGGUAUAUUAUUUGAUUAUAUAUAUAAUAAUUUUAUAAUAGAAUAUUAAAUAAAUAAUAUAAAAUAAAUAAUAAUAACAAUAAUAAGUAUUUUCAAACUAUUUAAAAGUGCAGAAGUAGUUUAUUAAAUUAGUAGUUUUAUUUUUUCUAUAUUAGCAACAUUUGUUCAUCCGUUUUUUUUCGCUUUUCAUUUAACUGAAUUUCUUGUCCGAUAUCCAACACUGAAUAAUAUUUUAAAAUCAGUCUAUGAGUCUUAUAUUUCUUUAGCUUUAACUUUUAUGUUAAUUUUACUAUUUAUUUACUUUUUUACGAUUAUUGGAUUUACUUUAUAUUAUGAUUCAUAUGGGGGAAGAUGUAAUUAAUUAUAUUUGUGUUUUUUUGAAAGUUUCGAUAAAAAUUUUAAAAACAAUGGAGGUUUAGGAGGUUUUUUAGAAAGUUUAAAACCAAAAGAUCCAAAUAAUUAUGAAUAUGGAUAAUUUGUUUUUGAUAAUAUUAUGAAUAUUAUAAUAAUAAUUAUACUUGUAUAGAUUUUUUCAGGUAUAAUUAUUGAUAAAUUUAGUUAAUUAAGAGAUAAAGAAUAAGAAAAGAAAAUCGAUAUAUAAGAAUUGUGUUUUAUUUGUGGAUAUUCGAGAGAAAUGUUCGAUAGAAAUAGUGAAGAAGGGUUUAUUAAUCAUAUUAAGAGUGAACAUUAUUUAUGGAAUUAUAUUUUUUAUUUGGCAUAUUUAAAAGAUAAGGAAUUAACUGAAUAUUCAGGUAUUGAAAGCUAUAUUUAUGAAAAACUAAAAAAUAAUGAUCUUUCGUGGUUUCCUGUAUAAAGGGCAUCUGUUUUGAUUGAUUAAGAAAAAUAAAUUUAAAAUGAAAAUUAAAAAUAUAAAGAUUUAUAGAAUGAAGUAUUUUUUUAUUAUUAUUAUUGUUUUAUUUUAUUUUUAAUAUAAUAUAAUAUAAUAUAAUAGAUUACCGAUUUAAAAAGUUAAUCUUUUGAGAUCUUUAAAAAUUGUAAAAUAUUAUAAGAUUAAGUAAAUUUCUUUAAUAAAAAUAAAAAAAUUAAAUGA